AUGUCGGCAGAAAUCCAUUCCAAUGAGUAUGGUGUGGAGUUUUCAGACAAGCAGAGCUUUGCUCGAAGGCCAGCUACCAUCAUCUCUGAGCCAGGGUGGGCAGAUCCCCAGGUGUCUCCCCGGAAAUUAGGGGAGGAGUUGGCCCCCAGGGCACAGAUGGAGCAGCUGCUAACCCUGUGGGUGCUGUUUACUGUCACCAUCGUGGGGAACUUUGCAGUGCUAUACUCCACGUGGAGGAGGAAGCGGAAGUCCAGGAUGACGUUCUUUGUGACUCAGCUGGCCAUCACAGACUCUUUUACAGGGCUGGUCAACAUCUUGACAGAUAUUAUUUGGCGGUUCACUGGAGACUUCAUGGCACCUGACCUGGUUUGCCGAGUGGUCCGUUACUUGCAGGUUGUGCUGCUCUAUGCUUCUACCUACGUGCUGGUAUCACUCAGCAUAGACAGAUACCAUGCCAUCGUCCAUCCCAUGAAGUUUCUGCAAGGAGAGAAACAAGCCAAGGUCCUCAUCGGUGUGGCCUGGAUCCUCUCUUUCCUGUUCUCCAUCCCUACCCUGAUCAUCUUUGGGAAAAGGACACUGUCCAACGGAGAAGUGCAGUGCUGGGCCCUGUGGCCAGAUGACUCAUACUGGACUCCAUACAUGACUAUCGUGGCCUUCCUCGUGUACUUCAUCCCUCUGGCGAUCAUCAGUGUCAUCUAUGGCAUUGUGAUCCGAACUAUUUGGAUUAAAAGCAAAGCCCAGGAGAUGGUGAUUUCCAACUGCUCAGAUGGAAAACUCUGCACCAGCUACAGCCGAGGGCUCAUUUCAAAGGCCAAGAUCAAGGCCAUCAAGUAUAGCAUCGUCAUUAUUCUUGCGUUCAUCUGCUGUUGGAGCCCCUACUUCCUCUUUGACAUUUUGGACAACUUCAACUUCCUCCCAGACACCAAGGAGCGUUUCUAUGCCUCUGUGAUCAUUCAGAACCUGCCCGCCUUGAACAGCGCCAUCAACCCCCUCAUCUACUGUGCCUUCAGCGGCUCCCCCUGCAGGCCAUGCCAGGAGCAAAGGUCACAGGAUUCCAGAAUGACUUGCCGAGAGAGAAGUGAGAGGCAUGAGAUGCAGAUUCUGUCCAAGCCAGAAUUCCUCUAG